ACCGUCCAAGAUGGCGUCCUCCAGCGCAGCCGGCAAAGCUCCCGAGUCCGAGCAGGGGCCGGAGCCGGCGGGGGACCUGCGCAGCGUCCUGCUGACCAGCGUACUGCAGCUGGAACCUCUGGACGUGGACCUCUUCCGGGGAAGGCACUACUGGGUGCCAGUCACGCAGCGUCUCUUUGGAGGGCAGAUAGUGGGCCAGGCAUUGGUGGCAGCAGCGAAGGCCGUGACAGACAACCUGGAAGUCCAUUCACUCCAUUGCUAUUUCAUGAGGGCAGGAGACCCCACUGUGCCUGUCCUGUAUCAGGUGGAGCGCAUGCACACCGGGAGGAGCUUCUCCGUGCGCUCGGUCAAGGCCAUCCAGCAUGGGAAGCCCAUCUUCAUAUGCCAGGCUUCUUUCCAACGGGGGCAGCCCAGCCCGGUGCAGCACCAGUUCCAAAUGCCGGCUGUGCCGCUCCCAGAGGAACUCCUGACCCAGGAGCAGCUGACCCAGAAGUACCUGCGGGACCCCAACCUUCUGGAGAGAUACCGGCAGAGACUCCAGGGGAUGCUGGCCCAGGAAGUUCCGAUUGAGAUGAAGCCGGUGAAUCCACCCGACUUUUUUCACCAGAACUCCCAGGAACCCAAGCAGCUCUUCUGGGUGCGCGCCAAGGGCUACCUUGGCGAAUGCGACAUGAAGCUGCACUGCUGCGUGGCUGCGUACAUCUCAGACUACGCGUUCCUGCGGACGGCCCUGUUGCCGCACCAGCACCACACGGUGACGUUUCUGGUCUCGCUCGACCACACCAUGUGGUUCCACGCGCCCUUCAGGGCUGAUCAGUGGAUGCUGUACGAGUGCGAGAGCCCCUGGGCCGGUGGCAGCCGGGGCUUGGUGCAGGGCCGCCUGUGGCGCAGAGACGGCGUGUUGGCGGUCAGCUGUGCCCAGGAAGGAGUAAUCCGUGUGCAGCCGGCCAGCAGCAGCAGCAAGCUCUAGCCUGCCUUUGUCUUCUCCCCUAAGGGGAGGCCCCCCUCCCCCCCCCCUUGCCCUGGCUGAGCCUUCGGUGGGUGACGGUCGUUUACAAGGACACCCCCCUCUCCCCGUGACCCCUGGAGGUGGCACUUACAGAUGGAAGCACUGAUACUUUCCU